UGAACAGCCUCUACGAUCCUCUUGGGUUUGUAGCACCUGUAACUAUAAAGGGUAAGGCACUAGUUCGUGAACUGUCAUCUAAAAAAUGUGAUUGGGAUGCAUUACUCCCACAAGAAAAACUACAUGAGUGGCUUCUAUGGAAGGAAUCCUUGCAAGCUUUGGAACACAUAGAGAUACCCCGGUGUUAUGUGUCUACUCCCCUGUCAGCAGUAAGUAGAAAAGAACUGUAUGUAUUUUCAGAUGCAUCCAACACAGCGAUAGGUGCUGUAGCCUACUUGAAAACAAUUGAUGUCUGCAAUAAAUUUUCGGUUGGAUUUGUUAUGGGGAAGUCUAAGUUAAGCCCCAAACCAGCACACACAAUUCCACGUCUGGAACUAUGUGCGGCUGUUCUAGCAGUAGAGUUGUACGAGCUCAUCAGAGAUGAAAUAGAUAAAGACUUAGAUGCUGUGCGAUUCUUUACAGAUAGCAAAACUGUACUAGGUUAUAUCUGCAACACCUCCAGAAGGUUUUUCUUGUAUGUUGCCAACCGAGUGAAUAGAAUCAGGCAAGUAACCCAUCCUGAUCAGUGGGCUUAUGUGCCAACAGAACAAAAUCCUGCAGACUAUGCUUCAAGGCCUACAAAAACUAUUCAUCUGCAGAAUUCUAUAUGGUUCUCAGGCCCUCCAUUUCUCUACCACACAGACAGAGAGGAGUUAGGCAAUUCAGCAGAAAAUUACCCACUUAUAGAGCCUGAAGCUGAUCCUGAAAUUAAACCUACAGUUGCAAUGCUCCUGACUCAGAAAGUGAACUCUUUGUCAGCCCCUUUUGGUAAAUUUGAAACAGCAGGACUUCAUGUAAAACAAUGGAAGCAAGUUCAAAAUCUGGCUGAUACUUUCUGGAAGAGAUGGAAAAGAGAGUACUUGUCCAACUUGCAAAGCCGCAGAAAGUGGACCCAAAGUCGCCCAAACAUCCAAGUGGGUGAUGUCGUGUUAGUGAAAGACAGUCAAGAAAGCAGGAAUGAAUGGCCUGUGGGACUCAUCAUCAACACUCUGCCAAGUAGAGAUGGCAGAGUUAGGAAAGUGGAAGUAAAGAUUGUCAAACAAGGGACUGCCAAAACGUAUAAAAGGCCAAUUUCAGACAUUGUUGUUGUUGUUUCUGAUAAUACUUGA